CCUUACUAUGAAAAGAAAAGUAAUUACAAAAUAUCAGCGUAUGAAUACGUCGGGAACCGGAAUGAUUGAAAUCGAGAGAUUUAAAAAAUGUUCAAAAACUUUCAUCAUCAAGAACAGCAAGAAAUAUACAGACUAUAAAUCAUUUUUUAGUUAUAUUUCAGAUAAGCUAAUUUCUAAGUUGAAAAAAUCAUGUUUAAAUACAUCGAUAAAAUUUAAUAUACAUGUUGACACUGUUUACGAACGUCCAGUAACCCAUGAUAUUCAGGAUAUGGCUUUUAAAACUUCAAACAUUUUAGCAUGUAGUUCAUCUGAUUUUACUAUUUUAUUGAACAGAAUGUUUAAUAAAAUAUUAACUGAGGAAUCAGAAUUUAUUGCAAAAGGUUCAGGUUGGUCACUUGUAUCAAUAGAUGGGUUACAAUUAAGAAUUAAUUUAGUAAACCCUUUGAAAGGAAGUUCAUAUAUUGAUUUACCUAUAUUUAUAAAAAAAAAAAAAGCCAUUAUAAAUGUUAGAAAUAAAGAUGAAUAUUGUUUUAAAUAUUCUAUACUUAGCAAAUAUGAUAAACGUUCGAAUAAAUCACGAUUUAACCAAACGUAUUUCAAUAUUCUAGAAAAAAAAAGUGGAUUAAAUUUUAAAUGUAUUGAUUUUCCGACACCAAUAAAACAAAUAAAAAAAUUUGAACGUCUAAACAAUGUUUCAGUUAAUAUUUAUAGUUUAAAUAAUAAAAGUAAUAUUUUUCCUUUAUGUAUAAGUAAAAUAGAAAGAAAAAAUCAUUUUGAUCUAUUUUUAUACAAUAACGAUAAAACAUUACAUUAUUGUUAUAUUAAAGAUUUCUCAAGAUUUAUUAGAAGUCAGAAAACUAAAAAUUGUUCUAAGUUAAUUAUUUGUAAGAGAUGUUUUACAAUUUUCGGGAAUAAACCGUGUAAAAGUAAACUUUGGGGUGAAGAAGGAUUGAUUAAACAUAAGCAAAUGUGUGAUAAGAAUGAAUUAGGAAGACCAAUAAUGUUUGAAGAAGGAAAAGAUGAUGAAUUCAUAUAUUUUAAAAGUUAUAAAAAAACCAAUAGAAUACCGUUUGUUAUUUAUGCUGACUUUGAAUGUAUUUUAAACCCUAAACAGACUAUAGAGUUGAAUAAAAGUAGUAAAAAAUCUAAGGUUUCUAAAACCCAUAUUACUCAUUUACAUGAAAUUAUGAGUUAUGCGUUUUAUGUAAAAGUUGACUAUGACAGUAUAACAGAAAAGCUAUUGCAUCAAUUUAAAAUUCCAACAAAGAUAAUAAUGUAUAGAGGUAAAGAUGCAGCAAAAAAGUUUAUGGAAAAUAUGAUCGAUAUUGGAAAAAAGAUAAAUGAUGUAUAUGAAAUUAAUAUACCAAUGACUACAUUGACUGAAACGGAAGAAAAACAAUUUCAGAGAGCGGAGGUUUGUGAAAAAUGUUUAUUAUCUUUUAAAAAAAAUAAUUUAUUAAAGGUUAGAGAUCACUGUCAUUUUACUGGUAAAUAUAGACAAUGCCUUUGUCUUAAAUGUAAUUUUGUAAUAACUAAUCCAUCAUUUGUUCCAAUUUUUUUUCAUAACUUAUCCUACGAUAGUCAUUUUAUAAUUCGAGAACUUGGUUGUGAUAAUAAUGAUAUCCAUGUUAUUCCGAAUUCAUCAGAAAAAUAUAUAUCCUUUAGCAAAGAAAUUGCUCCCAGAUUUAGUAUAAAGUUUGUUGACACAUUCCGUUUUAUGGCCUCCUCAUUAAGCGAACUUGCAGAAAAUUUGUCUGAAGAUAAAUCAAGGUUUAGAGAAACUCUAAAAAUAUUUUCUAAUAAAAAAUUAGAUUUAGUCACACGAAAAGGGGUUUUUCCUUAUGAAUAUAUUGAUAGUUGGAGUAAAUUAAAUGAAACUCGUUUGCCUCCGAAAUCUGUAUUUUAUAACUCUUUAAAAGAUGAAGAAAUUAAUGAUGAUGAUUAUUCUCAUGCUAAAAAAAUAUGGAGAGUAUUCGAUUUAAAAACUUUGGGUGAAUAUAGCGACCUUUACUUGAAAACUGAUGUAAGUAUAUUAACGGAUGUAUUUGAAAAUUUUAGAGAUUUAUGUUUAUCUACUCUUAAACUAGAUCCUGCUCAUUAUAUGACUGCUCCAGGAUUUGCUUUUGAUUGUAUGCUUAAAUAUACUAAGGUUAAAUUAGAAAGAUUAAAAGACUUUAACAUGCUUUUGUAUUUCGAAAAUUCGAUCCGAGGUGGAAUAACUCAAUCAACUAAAAGAUAUGCUAAAGCGAACAUACCAAACAUUAAAGGUUUGAACUAUAAUCCGAAUAAACCAAUUACAUGGUUAACGUAUCUCGAUUGCGUGAAUUUAUAUGGAAAGUCGAUGUUAACUGAACUACCUUUUAAAGAUUUUGAAUGGGUUGAUGACUUGGAUAUAGAUGUUACAAAAAUUCCAAACGAUUCAAAAGUUGGUUAUAUAUUAGAAGUCGAUAUUGAUUACCCUAAAUAUUUACAUAAAAAACAUAACGAUUUUCCAUUUUUACCUUUAAACGAAUGUCCUCCAAAUUCAAAAGUUAAAAAAUUAAUUACUACGUUAUCACCGAAAAAAAAUUAUAUUAUACACUAUAAAAAUUUGAAACAAGCAAUUGCUAAUGGACUUAAAUUAAAAAAAAUUCAUCGAGCUAUCCGAUUUUCACAAAGUAAAUGGAUGGCCCCAUAUAUUGAACUCUGUACAAAUAUGAGAGUAAAAGCUAAAAACAACUUUGAAAAAAAUUUUUGGAAGUUAUUAAUUAAUAGUGUUUUUGGUAAAUGUAUGGAAAAUGUGCGUGCUAGAAUUUCUUUAAAGUUGGUUUCAUCAACUAGAAAAGCAAGUAAAUUAAUGAUGAAAACUAACUUUAAAGAUAGAACUAUAUACUCUGAAAAUCUUAUGGCUAUUCAUCAACAUAAGGAAACUAUUAAAUUUGAUAAAGCAAUUUAUGUAGGAUUCGCAAUUUUAGAUGUUUCAAAAACAUUUAUGUAUGAUUUUCAUUAUAAUGUAAUGAAAAAAAAAUAUGGUAACAAAAUAAAUUCUUUAUACUCGGAUACAGAUUCUAUGGUAUAUGCUAUUCGAACACACAAUUUUUUUAAUGAUAUAAGAUAUGAUUUAUCACCGUUUUUUGAUACAUCAAAUUAUCCUAUCGAUCAUUAUUGUUUUAGUGAAAUUUAUAAAAAUCAGCCUGGUUAUUUCAAAGAUGAAAUGGGUGGAAAAAUUUUAAAAGAAUUUGUUUCAUUAAGACCGAAAUUAUACGCUUACAGAACUGUGGACGACAUUGAGACAUUAUAA